AUGCCAGACGAUAUUGUUUUAAAACAAACAAAUAGUAACAUCACUAACCACCCUAAUUACAAAAUGUCAUCAUCUUCCGAUGACAACAACACACCAUCAAGUGACUCUAAGGAUCCAGUCGUUAUGAGACUGGACUCUAACAAAUUGCGUUUGGGAGCAACAAGAAAAGACUAUGAAUUACUCAAUGUUCUUGGAAAAGGCUCCUUUGGUGUUGUUUUUCUAGGAUAUUCAAUUCAUGGCAACAAACCAAAAGUUGCAAUCAAAAAAGUAGACAAGGAAUUGUUGUUGACCGAGUAUAAUAUUGAACGUUUAAAUAGUGAGGUCAUGAUUCACAUGAAUAUGAAACAUGAAAAUAUUGUAGAGCUCUUUCUUUAUUUUGAAGAUUAUAAUGCCUAUUAUUUAGUGAUGGAAUGGUGUGAAAAUGGAGACAUGUACAAAUUCUUACGAAAAAACACACGAUUCAACGAAGCACAGACAAAGCACUAUUUUAUUCAAAUUAUCAAUGCUCUCAUUUACUUGCAAUCAUUUGGAGUACUUCAUAGAGAUUUAAAACUUUCUAACAUGCUACUAACUAACGAUUAUAAAACUCUCAAACUUUCAGAUUUUGGGCUUUCCACAAAGCUGGAUAGUGCAGAUGAAGAACAAAGCACCAUUCUUGGAACUCCCAACUUUAUGGCUUUUGAGAUUGUAAAUAAUAAGAAAUACGGUAUGAAGGCCGAUAACUGGUCACUAGGAUGUAUAUUAUACUCAUUUCUUGUAGGAGAAACACCCUUUGAUGAAAAAUCACGAACUCAAACAUUUGAGAGAAUUCGAACACUCGAUUAUGACAUUCCGGAUUAUGUAUCGAAAGACGCCAAAGAUUUGAUCAGACUACUACUUCAUCCAGACCCAACCAAGCGAAUUUCAUUGAUUGAGGCGAAAUCCCAUCCUUUCCUUAGAGAAUUAAUUCCUAAAGCAAUUUCUUCGCCUUCGACUUCACUCUAUGACGAGCCUAGGAAUUCACAACUUUUGGAUCAUAAAGCAAAAGCUCCAUUCAACACUCUACGAAUUAAACCGUUCGUACAUAAGAAGAAUGACGUAAACAUUGAAAUUGAUGAAUCAGGAUUUGUGUAUCUAACAUUUUGUAAUGGAGAACGGCGGUUUAUAGUUUCAAAAGAUGGAAGCACAAUAUGGUAUGAAAAGAAAGCCUCAAAACGAAAGGAGUUUCGAUUUAUUGACAUGCCUCCAUCGGUUGAGAAAUACUAUGAAUACGCAAGAAAUGUAAUUGAGACUAUCAAGAGCAAAACACCAAAAAUUAUCUAUUUAUCAAGCGAGUUUAAAUGCAUUCAAAUGGAAAACGAUCCAUUUCCGGAUUAUGAGACAGCUAUUUUUUCCAGUGGCAUCCGAAUGGUGUAUCAGCGGAGGAAAAACUCACUCGUGGUUAGAUUUGCCAAAGAUCGAUCAGUAACUAUUCACUUGUCGAAGGAUUUGACACAAUACUCAACUGAAAUGGAUUUGACAGAUAACCACAAAAUUGUGAAAGUCGAGGGCUCACUGAGCGUAGCAGAAAGUGAAAUAUUGUUUAACAAUACAGUACUGUGGGAGAGUUUGUCCAUUGUAAAAACAGGAAUAGAAAAAGUAGAACGAGCCGACAUUGAAAUUCAGCCAGAAAAUUAUCCCUUUCUAAUCAACACUGUGAGCAAAACGUCAGGACCCAUAAGUCCCACUCUAAGCGAAAGCACUCUAAGCGGAGGCAGUAACUCAUCAAGCAGUACCCUUAAUAGGUGCCUACUUUCUACAAUUUCAUAUUCUACAAACAAUAGUGACACUCAUUAUGAAGAGGAGAAUUCGUCAAAUUUGUGA